AUGGCGUCAGGAGGCGACGGCGGGGAAGAGAAGAAGGACGGGUCGAGCGGCGAGGAGAAGCAACAAGCGGCGCCGUCCGCGGACUCCCUUCCGCCCAUUCCCUCUCCGCCCCCUAUUGACGAUCCGCUGGCGUCCGAGCCUCCACCGGAGUUCCCGUCGCCGGACCUCAAGCUGCCUCGAGCCGUCAUUGACUCGCUGCGCGACCGCGUGUUUGGCUUCGAUACCUUCUUCGUCACGGACAUGGAGCCGUACGAGGGCGGAGUAUUGUUCCGCGGGAACCUAAGAGGGGACUCUGAGCGCGCUUACACGAAGCUGACUGCCAGACUCAAGGAGGUGUACGGCGAUCAGUACGUGCUGUUCCUGCUCGAGUCCACGGACCAGGACGAAAGGCCCGUGGCCGUGGUGGUGCCUGGCUCCAGCCUCGAUCCCCUGCCCGCACCGGUGCCGGAGUGGCUAGCAGCAGGGGCGUUCGGGGCAGUGACGCUCGUCACGGUGCUGCUCGCCUAUAGCCCUUCGCCCGAAUUCGGGUUCAUUCCAUCAACGGAGUACCUCACAGGGCCGCUACUGGAGGGGUUGCCAGCAGCGAUGGUGUUCGCGCUGCUCAUGGCCGUGCACGAGGCAGGCCAUGCCAUCCCCGCCAAGCAACUCGGCGUGUCACUCAGCGUCCCUUACUUUGUGCCGUCCUUCCAGCUGGGCAGCUUUGGAGCAGUGACUCGCAUCACAUCCACCGUCAAGAGCCGCAGCGACCUGGUCUCAGUGGCAGCGCCAGGCCCUCUGGCCGGCAUGGUAGCGUCGCUGGCGGUGCUGCUGCUCUCGCUGCUGGUGCUGCGCCCAGAGGACGGGAUUACUGUCAACGCCGCAGCAUUCCAUGACUCGGUUCUUGUGGGCGGGCUGGCCAAGCUGCUUCUGGGUCCGCAGCUGACAGAAGGGGCGUCACUGACUCUGUCCCCCGUGACCCUCGCGGCCUGGGCUGCACUGCUUGUCAACGCCAUUAACUGCAUCCCUGCGGGCGAGCUGGAUGGAGGUAGAAUCGCCAUGGGGCUGUUUGGCAGGAAGUGGGCGUCACGCCUGUCCCUCGCAUCGCUCAUUCUCCUGGGCAUCACGGGCAUAUUCAACGACGUGGCGCUCUUCUGGGUCGUGCUUAUCCUCUUCCUACAGCGCGGACCUGUCACUCCACAGGCGAAUGAAAUCACCCCGCCCUCUGACCAGGCCAAGAUCCUGGGAGCAGCAGCACUUGUGCUCGGCGUGCUUGUGUAUGCACCACUGCCUUGUCAGGGCAGUCAGCAGGCCUGGUUGAGUGCAGGUGGUGCCAUAUCAGGUCAGCUGCACUGCACGACAUCCGAUCUGUCCACUCCCCAACCUUACACCACCUGUCUCCCUAUGCAAGCAUGA